AUUACACAGCCUGGUUAUGCAGUUCAGGCUGCCAUGACGUCACCCCUCCAACAGCCUGGACUAGCAUGCACAGGAAGGACAGCGGCGGCGAAAGCAAAACACUGAAAAAAAAAGGGAAUGGUUAACCUUCAUUGGCAAUGGAAAAAGGCACACGCAGGUUAAAAAAUAAAUAAAAAAUACAAAAAACAUCAGAGGAGGUAGGGGAAAGUAAACCAAUAUUAGUACAGCACUUACCAAAACUGAAAUUUCUGGGUAGUAUUAAAACGUGCUUAAGUGUGUGCCUUCACAGGGGCUGAAUGAAUAACCAUGGCAACAGUAGCAGCAGCAGCAAUGCGCUUCUGUCAGACAAUGCACAUUGAAACGCGUAGACCACUGCAAUAGACGUUGUUACAGGUAGGGGAAAGAAAAGAGAAAAAGGAGAUCAACGGGUCGUGCUGCAGUAAGUGCUACAGGUGAUGAGCUGGAAUAGAUCAUGUCUGAAGUACAGGGAACCAUUGAGUUUUCUGUGGAGCUGCACAAAUUUUAUAAUGUGGAUCUUUUUCAAAGAGGGUACUACCAGGUGAGAGCUGCUUUGAAAAUAUCAUCUCGUAUCCCACACCGUCUGAUAGCGACAACAUCAACAGCCACAGAGGAAUCUGCAGGGGACUCCAGCUCCACUGCUGCUGCCUGUGUUCAUGACAAUACAGUGUUCAGCAGGGUAUUCCAGAUCCUGUACAGGAAUGAAGAGAUCGUCGUCAAUGAUCCCUUGAACUUCAGGGUUCACCUGCUCCUGGAUGGAGAAAAGGUGGAAGAAGCCCUGAGUGAAGUGGAUUUUCAGCUCAAGCUGGACCUGCAUUUCACUGACACUGAGCAACAGCUGAGCGACAUUGCUACAGUUCCCAUGAUAAGCACUCGGACUCUUGGCCUUCACUUCCACCCACGACGAGGCCUGCACCACCAUGUUCCUGUCAUGUUUGACUACUUCCACCUCUCAGUCAUAUCCAUCACUGUACAUGCUUCGCUGGUUGCCUUACACCAACCAUUAAUAAGUUUCACUCGUUCAGGAAAGGGCUCAAUGUUGGGGAAAGGUUAUGUAGAAAAUGGAGCAGAUCAGACCACCAUGUCUUUAGAGAACCUUAUGUUUGGGGCCGGAUACUGCAAACCUGUUAUAACAGAGGGCAGUUUCUAUGUCCCCUCUGAAAACUGCAUGCAGCGUGCAUACUCUUGGCAUAGGAGGCUUUGCUGCCUGCUGUUGAACGCACACAGAGGGCUGAGGACCUAUUACAUAGGCCUGAUGAAGAAGAUCCCUGAGCUGCCACAAGUGGAGAUUGAAGAACUUCCCAUUGAGGAAACACUAGCACAGCUGUCUAUUGAACUGCAGGUGCAGAGUAGUCAUGAUAAAGUUGUGGAGCAGAUUAGCAGAGAUUUGACUCAGCUCUGUUCCCACCUGGUGGCUCUGUGGAGCCAGUUUCUAGACACAGCUACUCUUCAGGCUGAAGUUACAUCCUACUUGGCUCAGGAACACCACACGCUAAGGGUACGAAGAUUUUCAGAAGCAUACUUUUUCACAGAACAUCACAAACUUGCAGCUCUGACCUUCCAAGAAGAGCUGAUCCAGCGACAAAGUCAGAUUGCACCUCAAGCUCGGGGUUCAGAGUAUCUCUCUAAGAUGCCUCCUCUCCCUGUUGAGUGCCUGGAUAUAGAUGGGGACUGGAACACUCUUCCCAUCAUCUUUGAAGACAGAUAUAUAGAGCUCCCCAGUGUUGAUGAGGACUUGGGCAGUGCCACACUGUCCGUGCCACAUGUGCCCUUUGCUAAUGGAAACAAAGAAGACAAAGAGGCCACUUCUUUAGAAGAAUUGGAAAUGGAUGCAAAAGCUUCCCCAACAAGGGAGCAUGCUUCUGGAAACCUGCCAAAUGCUUCUUUGAGCGGAGGGCAUGAGGAAAGUAAUAAUAACCUAAAAAACAGUGAUUCCCUAGAAAGCAAUGCAAUCAGUAAUUAUCAGGAUAAUGAACCCAGUGCUUCAGAGCUGGAGGGAAGGAUUGAUCCAGUGGGGGGAGACAACAGCUUGAACACUGGUCUGAAAUAUAUUGAGGUCAGGCCAAGUGAUAUGGAUCCAUACAGAGGAGAAGCUGUGUUAAUAGUAGCAACAUCAAACAAAAUAGAGUCCAGAGACUUAAACCGGGCUGAGAGCUUAUCUCUGUCUUGUCAAUCAAAUGAGUUGGAAGAGAAAGUGCACAAAAGCAGUGUUUUAGUGAAGAAUCAUCUAAAUGAGUCCAAUGAGUAUGAAUCCAAAUCCACCAAAAACCUAACAGAGGUAAUACCUCAUGAGGGCAAGCUUUAUGAAAAUGAAGACAUGCUGUUAUCCAGUUUGUCUGUCACUGAUAAUUCUGUCUCAGAGAUGGAAAGGACAGUAACAGUGCCAAGCAAAUGUGAACCAGCUGAAAACGAUACAUGUGGGGCAGGAAAGGAUGUCUUCACCAGGAGCUUAAGGACCAUGAAGAGAUCUUCUUCUGUGAUUUCUGAUUCCGGGAUAGAGAGUGAGCCCAGCUCAGUAGCCUGGCUGGAUGUUCGAAUCAGGCCUCAGGACUUCUCCAGUGAGCGGGACCUGCUGCACCAGCUCGUAAGAAGGCACGCCAUGCACCGAAACUCCCUGGAGGGGUGUCAGACCGAAAGUAACGCAAGCUUGCCCAGUGGGAUACAGGCAUCCCUGACGUCCAUCAGCUCCUUGCCCUAUGAAGAAGAAGAACAGGAAGUGGAACUCAGCAAGCUGACCAAAUCUGUCUCCGCUCCUCAGAUAAGCAGCCCUGAGGAGGACCUAGAAACGAACCAGGACCUGAGACAAAGGGGCGACAAGUCUCAAAGCUGUACAGCUGUGGGAGAGAACAUAAUGAGACAAAAUGAUCGGCCAGUUGGAAAUGCGUCUUCUUUGGAGGAUAUCCUAGAAGGGGACAUGCCAGAAUGUUUGACAGUCAGUAGGCAAAGUAGUAAAAAUGAACACAGGGACAUAAACUUUCUUGAGGACUAUAAUAGUUCCAAAGAAAUGAACAUACCUAGAAUUCUAGAAAACCAGGUAGUUUUGUGCACGGUGGAUGCAGUAUUACAAGGUGUUCCAGAGGCAUUGCUUUUUAAAGAGUUUGUUGGUGAAGAAUUUCCAAAACACACUGGGGUUCAACCUGACAAAGCAGUAUUUUACACAUCAGCUAGUUCCCCUAUAACCCAAGAGAACUACAAAAAUGACAGUGUGCCAAAUUGUGAUGUUCAAUUGGACAUUCAAACAGUCCCACACCUUAGUGACAAGAUGCCAGCAUUUGAUUUAAAAGAAGGUGAUCUAAUUGAAGGGGAGUUUGGGUCUUUUUUGGACAACACUAACACAGCAAUCCUGCGUGAAUCAGAUCAGUGUUUCUAUCAAAUAGAACUGAAUGAGGAGGAUAGACUGGGGCGAGUCCACUACCAUGAAUGUCAAGACAAUGAACAGGAAAAUGGGCAUGAUCCCACAACUGAUAAAAGCAAUGACCAUGAACAUCCUGCUUUGCCCAGUCAAGGGAGAUCUUCAGACAUUCCUAGCUUGGGCUUGGCAUUCAUGAACAGGAAGGUAGUAGAGGUGGUUAACCUAUCAGUUUCGUGCGCUCCAACUUGUCUGCCAUUCUCUUCUGUGCUCAGGGAUUCUCCAUCUAUCAGUGGGCUUUCAAUGAGGCAGGCAGCAUCCCCCAUCACCAGACAGCCUCUGGGCUCAUUUGGUGUGAUCUCUUCUAAUUCCUUUUGUGUGGAUGAAGAAACCAAUGAGAGAAUGCUUAAUUUCUAUAAAGCCAAAGAUGAUCUUCUAAAUGAGCUGAGGUUUCGAGGUACACUGUACAGCGAUCUGCCCCAGCUGGCCUCUGAUGUGCCAUAUUUCCCACCUGAGGAAGAAGAAGAGAAUUUUGAGGACGGCAUUCAUCUUGUAAUCUGUGUUCAUGGACUGGAUGGCAAUAGUGCAGAUCUUCGGCUAGUGAAGACUUUUAUUGAGCUUGGGCUGCCUGGAUCAAAACUGGACUUCCUGAUGUCAGAAAGAAACCAGACUGACACCUUUGCUGAUUUUGACACAAUGACAGACAGACUUUUGGAUGAGAUCAUUCAGCACAUUCAACUGUAUAACCUCACCAUAGCCAGAAUAAGCUUCAUUGGGCAUUCACUGGGCAACAUCAUAAUUCGGUCGGUGCUGACGCGACCACGCUUCCGAUAUUACCUCAAUAAGCUGCACACGUUUCUGUCACUGUCUGGACCCCACCUGGGAACGCUCUAUAACAACAGCACUCUGGUCAGCACAGGUCUGUGGCUCAUGCAGAAGCUGAAGAAAUCUGGAUCACUGUUACAAUUAACCUUCAGAGACCACUCCGAUUCCCGAAAGACCUUUCUGUACUUGCUAAGCCAGAAGCCAGGACUGCAGCAUUUUAAGAAUGUUGUGUUGGUUGCAUCUCCACAAGACCGUUAUGUUCCCUUUCAUUCUGCACGGAUAGAGAUGUGUAGAACAGCUUUAAAAGACAGAGGCACAGGCCCAGUUUACGCAGAGAUGAUCAACAACCUGCUACAGCCCUUGUUAGAUGCCAAAGAGUGCAAUCUGAUUCGGCAGAAUGUGUUCCAUGCCCUGCCAAACACUGCCAACACCCUGAUCGGAAGAGCAGCCCACAUUGCGGUGCUCGAUUCCGAGCUAUUCCUGGAGAAGUUCUUCCUGGUGGCUGGACUUCAUUAUUUCAAAUAAUAUUUUCUCACAUUUUGCAUAAUGUGAGCUUAGCUGUUUAGCAUGACAGUAUCCUAUAAAAAAUUAUCCAAUUAACAAAUUAAUAAAACCAAAAACUGAGAAGCUAUAGAUUAUAGUCACUGGUUACCAAACUAACGGCUCUCUUACUGUACUUUAAGUUACCUGAAAGCAUAAUAAAUCGAUUUAAACUGGUGUUCUAGAAGCAUAAUGGUAAUUUGUGGUAACAGUCUACAUUACUUCACUUGGAUCUAAUUUGCAAAAUUAACUGUUUUAUAGGUGACACAUAUAUUAAUUGAUGACAAAAUAUUUUACUAACUUUAUAUGGUCAUAUUGUAUAUUCUCUUUUUUCUCAUGCAAUAACCGCUUUUCUAACACCAGUUUAAAAUGCGAAAACUUUCAGACUAUUAACACAUAGAGACGAUUGGCUUCCUUUGGCCUGGUUUCAGGUGAAAAUCAAGUAUUUUUACACAUUUUUAGAAUUUGCAUUGUGCUUGGUCUUGUACAGGGUUUACAGGGUUUCCACUGAGUUUAUAAAGGCACGAGAGAGGUGUGGGUGGGUCAAGUAAUUCCAUCAGAAGUGGACAAAGACACACACACACACAUAUCUAUAUGUAUUUAACUUGCCCUUUGACACGUUUUAUUGAACUAGUUGCUCUCUAUAGCUGUGAUUUUCAUCCUCCUCAGCAUAUUGUUCAGUUUGUUUUACCCAGUCUUCUCUUAGUUCUAGUUUUUAAUGUUAAAAAUCAGAGCAUCAGAAAUACGAAUGGCUCAGAAAUCUGUACAGGCUUUGGUAUAGAAAACAUUGUACUGUAUUGUGAAACUGAAACAAAAACGAUGAUUCAAGUAAAGCUUAACCCUGUUUAAAACUAGAUGCAUACAUUCAUUUGUAUGACCAUUUUUACACCAUUACACCAACUCAAAAGUAUCCACACCUAUGAAUCUUAUUUAAACCAAAUGCAAAUGCAGCAAUAGUAAUAAAUAAGCAGAGUUGGGGCUAGCGCAUUGCUUAAGUAACAUUUAUAUAACGCAUUAGAUUUUGAAUGGGAUCAAUAGUGUUACAAUUACUUUCCUCUAAAAAAAAAAAAACAAGCUUGUCUCGUUAACUUUUCUCUGUUAUACACCUACACUAAUGGUCUUGUUUAAAGCCAAAGUAAAUUUCAGUUUUUAAACUCUAAGCAAAUAAAAUAUCUAAAUGAUGUGUCAAAUGUGAGUUUCCUUUCAGUAAGUGCCGAGACCAAUUUCAGGAAGCAGCUCACAGAAUGCCUUUCAUACAAGCUUUAUCGGCACAGAGGUCUUGGUUUCGUUUUUAUCUAGCUAAUUGCGUGCUUGCGCACUGUGCAAUCAGGUUUACAACAAAUAAAUGAUUAAAAAAAAACAAAACUGGCUGAACAGAGAUCCUGACAGGUACACAACAGCUAAAAACAUUAAAAGAUCAGUGGUAUUGCCGCUGCUUUGAGAUGACUGAUGAUGUUUGUUAUACUAAAACAACUUGGCAGUAGUACAUCCGAACAGCUUGUGAGUUUUAAAGAAAGUGGGAAAUUAAAAAAACAAAACUUUUGUCAAAAAAGUUCUUUUUAGAGCUGUGUGCGGGUCUAUAGUGCCUUUUUAAAAAGUACCAAAACAACAAAAAAUGUUUGCAUGUAGAUUUGCAUAGUUCACAUCAGGUUUUGUUAUUUUCUUUUGUUCAUUGUAAAGGUGCUUGAAAGUUGGCGGCCUCAUAUUUCAAAUCUGUUCCUAGGGUGUGUCUCGCAACAGUAGUGACCUAACGUUGCACUGUAAAGUGUGUCAGGAUUACAAAGUGGGAUUAGGAAGUAUUUUUGGAAAGCAUUUUUUCAUAGCUGUUCACAGUCACAGCAUUAUCAUGCAGUUUAUCUAUCCUUAGGAUACCGUUUUGGCUCCGUUAUCUUUAAAGCGUUUUUUUAAAAAAGAGACAAACAACAAACAAUAUGUGUAAUUAUCUAAUUCAACACCGCAUACAAUGCCAAAAACUCUAAAAGCCACUAUUUAAAACAUAACCCAAGGAUAUAUAUUAAUAGUAAUAUGCAUCCAAAAGUGUAAUAUUAGUAUGCGAUUCAUGAGAUUUUCAAACCUCAAGUAUUUGGACAAUUUAUAUUUUACAUAAUAAACAAGCACACCAUAAUACGUAUACAUUUUACAAUCAGAAAUAAGACUAGGAUUGUAAAAAAUAAAAUAAUAGUCUGACAGUUAACAAAGCCUUAUCAAAAUCAACAGCACCUGGUUUGAUGUUCCUGUAAGAGAUUCAGAAGAUAGAGGACCUCAUCCAAAUUUUUUUCUUGUUAAUGGAGCACUGCUGCACUGUGUUAGCACAUGAGGGCACGUGUGGAUCGGUUCAUUGAUCUUAACCGCUGUAGGCAUGUGUAAAACAGCAGGGAGGGACCAAUUUGAGUAAUUAAAAUGGAGUGAUUUAGAUCCACUUACAUUCAGCUAUAAGAAGAUUAUUUCUCUAAUUCUAAAACUGACCCCCCCCCCCCCCACACACACACCUCUUUUUUAUUUUUAUUUUUUUAAACGUUCCUCUGAAUGACAUCAGUUUAACGUAGCAAUUUCCAUCUAAUACAAGUACUGGGACCAAAUUACAGUUUCAUGCCUAGAGUUAUUUCAUCAACAGCAAUAAUCAGAACUGCACUGUGUGUGUGUGUGUGUGUGUGUGUGUGUGUGUGUGUGUGUGUGUGUACACACACACACACACACACAAAUGUAUGUAUGUGCCAGAGCAUAAAGAGAAAAGCAGUAUAAAAAGGAUACUGUUGAAUUUAUUGUAAAGACUAAAUUAAUGUAAAUGAUAGAUGCCGUGUAUGCUAUACAAAUAUUAUUGUUAUCAUAUAUUGAUACAACAAAACAACUGUAACUGCCUUAAUUAAAAAGGCUUUCUAUAUGAAUUGACUUUGAGGUAAUUGGUAUUGAUGUAUGUUAUCUUGGCAGAAUUUUGUGAUUGUUAUAACAUACUAUAUUAUUUCAUUUUAUUAACUGUGUAUUAAAUAUUACCAGAUUAACCUGUAAAUUCUUUAAAAAUCUGCCCAGUUAAUAUAAAGCGUGAUGUUUUAUUUGGUUUAAAUGAGUUUACUCUUACUCUGCACAUUGAUUGCAGCAACACCUGGACAGCAGAUCAGUAUACAGUGACAUUAAGAAAUGAGGAAAUGAGUAGGGAUACUGUUUUUAAAAUGUGAUUACUCUGACUGAGGCAUCAAGAGCUCUGCUGAAGUAUGUCUCACUCCCAAAGAGCAACACUACUCAGAGAAAAUUCCUGACAACCGUACAAAAAAAACAGAAUAAAGUAAAUAGAAGCUCAAAUGUCAGUCAUUCUGGUGGUCAUGCAAUACAUAUCACUACUAGUACAACAUGCAGCACUUUGAUGCAGAGCAAAAUUACUUCUACAUCUGAUUAGAAUAUUUAGCUACAAGUACCAAAACAACUGUGGUCAUGUUUAAAAAAGACUAAAAAAUACUGAAAGUCAAGAGAUGUUCACGUAUGCUAAAUAUCUUUGUUUUUAUAAGUGCUUGAAAACAAGGUAACAUCAUGCAGUAUUCCUUUUGUUCUAUGUCUUUACCACGUUGGGACUGACAUUAGGGCUUUGUAAGCUGUGUAUCAUUGUCAUUUCAAUUCGAUAGAUCUCUUUAGUUGGUGCUUGGUAGCAAGCCUCCUCAGCUAUGUAAGCAAUUUUUGGAUUUGCAAACAUCAUGAAACUUGUAUCUCUGUCAGUGUGCUGUGCGAGGUAUUGCCAGUAGUUUAAAAGAACUUGAAAGGAUGGGGAUUACAUGAGAUAUGUAUCUGUUACCAAGGCAGCUUUACUUGUAGUCAGUGAUCAUGUGUUUGUGAAGUAAAACAAAGGGUUAAUAUUUAAUGAUAGUAUUAGACAUAAUCCCUCAUGAAAAUGAAUUAAUGAAUGUAAAAAUAAAGUGAAUCCCACUGUGA